CGUUCGGCCAACAACACGGCGCGCCUGCUCCGCCUGCUCCACUCGGUCAACGUUCAGCAACUCCAACUGCAGUUUGGCGUUCGAAAGUGUGUCUCGAUCCGCUGCUGCAGCCGCCCAAUUUCCGUGGCGUCCCCCGCUGCACUUUGCAAAAAACAAUUGCAUUGCAAACUAAAAAUCGAAGGAGAACGGACAAUGAAAAUGCAUCAAAGCUGGAAUUGGAAACUCAACUGGAGCUGGACUCUGCUGAUUUUCUCGGCCCUGCUCCUCUCGGUGGCUAGCUCACAGGAAUGCGGCCAGGAGGAGUUCACCAAGUGCGCCGAACCACUUGAUAUGCUGCAUUUAACGUCGGAGUUCUCGAUUGGCCCGGCCAAGAAGGAGGAACUGGACAAACUUUGUCACGAGCUUCGCAAGGGUGUUAGAUGCAUCCAGAGUUACACUCGUCGUUGCAUGGAUCUGCAGCAGAGGAAUCAGUUCAACAAGCUUUACCAUGGAACAAAUCAGUUCAUACGGGAUCUGUGCAACAAGGGCGAGUUCCAGGAUGAAUACCUCAAGCAUGCGCCCUGCUCCGAAAUGGCCAAAAAGCAGUUUGAGGUGUGCUCAUAUCGCUAUAAAGAAGCCAUGGUCUUCCUAAAGCCAAAUAAGAACCAGGAGAAUGCUGAAAAUGGUACAUUUAAUGAAAACAUUAAAACCAUUUGCUGCUCCAUUAACGAACUCGUUGAUUGCUCGGAGGAAGCCGCGCGUAAAGUCUGUGGCAAUGAGGCGGCCAAGUUCACCCGAGAGUUGGUCGACAAGUACGCCAAUAGCCUCACCAAGAUUUACUGCGAGGACUUUACCAGAAAUCCAGGCAUUUGUCGGGAUGGCGAGGGCAAUGGCUCCCCUCGAUCUGGCGGGAUCAGCUUGAGCCUUUUUCUGACAGGGACUCUAAUUACAGUGCUGGCCAGCAGCAGAGGCCACAGAUAGAUAAAGGAAUCACAGCUAAGUGCACAAAUCUAGAACCAGUCUUAUAAAAACGGGACAGCCGACAAAAUAAGGAGAAAUAGUUAAGGUUUCCCCCUCAAGUCACACCGAAUGAAUUCCACACGCUGUUGCAUACUCUUGGCAGUCAGUUUAGGCCACACGAAAGUCCCCAAAAUAGUGAGAGAAGCAACACUUAAGCUAUACAGUAAAGUAAAUGUUAAGUAUGCUAUGUAUACCAGUAUGCAUAUAUAUAAUAUGUUUAUAUAUAUGGGGGUAGAGUGGGAGGAGAGCUAAGAUCGUAUAUAUACGGUUAUGAAUGUUACUAUAUAUCGGAUGUAGGCUAGAUAGUUAGAAUCAGUGUUGAGUGUGGGCAGGCAGUUAGUUGUUGUUGGCCUUACUUUCCAAUCUGCGAUCGUGCAAUACUAGAGUUUCGUUGAGUUUGUUGCAGUUUGUCCAGGCUUUAAGUGUAGGCAUAUAUUUUAGGUAAUAUUUCCUAGGUUCCCCCAAAAACCAUUGUUAGCUAAAGUUAGAAAGCGCCCCAAUCCCGUCAUUUUUUCCAUUUAUGAAUAACUACAUAAGUAAAAGCAGAUAUUGAAAAAAAACACCUCCAAGCGCACAGGAAAAAAUCAACACUCCCGAGUGGAUUUGCUCACAUAUCGGCAAUAACUUUUACACAAAACGAAAGUGCAUUUCUAUGAAUGAGAGGAUUUUAUAGAUUAUUUAUAAUUCUAUUUAGUGGAUAGCGUAUAUUUAUUUUACACACUGUAAAUACCUUAAAAUAUAUUCAAAUUGAUAAUGCUGUAAGGCGUUUGGAAGUAUACACAUAUACAUACGUAUAUAUAAAUAAAUAUUAGUUUAACUUAAAUACAAACACACUCUCUCACGAACACACACACACACACACACCUUCUUACAAAAAACUGUGAAUAUAUAUUAUGAUUAAAGAGUAACAUUUAUUUUAAGUAAAACAC